UGGAGGCAGGGGGCUCCCUAGGUUUGGAACAAAGACCUCACGGGCAGGUCCCCUGAGCCUGGGCCAGCAGGAUGGUGGUGGAGCCCGAGAGAGGCAGCAGGCAGGAUGGCCGGUACUGAGAGAAGCUGGCGGUGACCGAGGCGCCCGCAGUGGCAGCUCUGUCUCCUGAAGAUGAGGUGGCCCAGGUGAAGCCCAGGCUAGGUCCCAUGGCCAGCUCCAGGACGGAGGUGCGCUGGCCCGAGCUGGGCCUGGGGAGGGGGCCCCAGCGGCGGCGCUGGGCCUGGGCUGAAGAGGAAAAGGAUGCCAAGGGGAGCGGGGGAAAAGAGGGGGCCUUUCCCAAUGCCACCAGCCCCGAGCUCCUGGAAGACUUCCGGCUGGCCCAGCAGUGCCUUCAGCCGCUGGAGUGGGACCCGCAGGCUGCUGACAGCCAGGAUUCCGAAUCGGGAGAGUCUGCGGGAGAGGAGUUUGAAGCAGAGAAUGUGGACAGCCCAGAAAGUUCCAACUUGCCUCUCAACUGGCUCCCUGAGCAGGAUCCUCACCUGGCCAUGACUGAAGAGGAGCUGGAUGAAACCCUUGGAGGUCCUGAGGUGGAGGAAGCUGGAGACAGUUCCCCAAGAUUGGAGUAUGAGACUGGUCUCAGUUCAGGGGGCGAUGGAAACACCAGCCCCAGGGCUCUGGGAUGGGGUCAGGACACGGACUGGGUGGCCUCUGGCAAACAAGCCAGUGGAGACAAACUUCCAGAACAUUCUGAGGACAACCCAACUGUUGACCUCAGCUCUGCAAGGUCCUGGAGCAGUGGGACCGUGAGCCUCGACCACCCCAAUGACAGCCUUGAUUCUCCCUGGGAAGGAGAAACUGAUGUCCCCCAGACCGCUGGCCUGGCAGAAACCUUACCGCAAAACUCCAGCCACCACCUCCUAAGCCCAAACACCACCACUGGAGGAAGUGUUGCUCUGGCAACCCCCACGGAAUUCCAAGACUCCUCCGUACCCCAGACCCAGAGCCUCCAGGGUCCAGCAGUUAAGUGGAAAGAAAGUACCAGCCUCUCCUACCCUCAAUUCGGGGACGAAGCCUGGAAACGGACACGGACAUCCCCUAAGACACUCCCUUCUCGAUUCACUGGCUCUGUCAGCCUCCUGAAUCCGCCUAGGUCAGGCCGGCAAGACAGGCUGCCGCCCAGGCAGCAAGCCACUCUGGCUGGCCCUUCAUCAUCUGAUGCCUCCAAGUAUGGGCGGGGGCAGCUGAACUACCCACUCCCUGAUUUCUCCAAGGUUGGACCCCGAGUAAGGUUCCCCAAAGAUGAGAGCUACCACCCCCCCAAGGCCAGGAACCACAGCAGGCAGCCCCAGGGCCCUGCCAGGCCGCUGAUAUUCAAGUCUCCUGCUGAGAUCGUGCAGGAGGUUCUGCUGAGCAGUGGAGAAACUGGCCCAGCCAAGGACCCACCUGCUACACACCCCAUCACCAGGGUACCCCAAGAAUUUCAGACACCUGAGCAAGCCACCAAGCUGGUCCAUCAGCUCCAGGAGGACUACCACAAGCUCCUCACCAAGUACGCCGAGGCUGAGAACACCAUUGACCAGCUGCGCCUUGGGGCCAAGGUGAACCUGUACUCGGACCCGCCCCAGCCCAGCCACAGCAUCCACACAGGGACGGUGCCCCAGGGGACCAAGGUCUUGUCCUUCACCAUCCCACAACCCCACUCUGUGCUGCAGUGGUCGGGCCCUGCCGAAGCCCCACAGACCCCUGGGGCCUCAGGGUGGCCGUCUGCUCAAGGAGACCUGAGUCCGUCCUCGUCUGCCCCAUCGAGGCUUCUGGAGAACCCAGGCAUCACCCAGGACCAGCCCUCAGCAGAGCAGGCCCAGGGGUUGGCCUCUCAGGCCCGCCGGUUCAUGUCCAAGGUGGAGUCCUUUGCAGGACUGAUACAGGCAGGACGGCUGACGGCCCAGGACCAACUCAAGGUGUUUCAGCGCCUAAAGGCUGCCCAUGCAGCCCUGGAAGAGGAGUACCUGAAGGCCUGCAGGGAGCAGCCGCUGGCCCAGCAGCUUGCCAGAUCCCAGGGAAUGCCUGGAAAAUUCGAUCCUGGCAGGGAGCUGGAGGAGGAGAUAUUCCAGCUGGGAAUUCGCCUGGAAGAGCUGAAGGACCACAUGGACCAGAAGCAGCAGGAGCCUGGGCGAGUCGGGUCAGACUCCCCUCCGGACAGCCUCCCAGCCUCUCCCUCCCUGCACCAGCCAGCAGGCCUGCCUUCUCCUUCAGGACAAGCCCCCACUGCUGCUGUCCAGACCCUCUGCCCUCAGCCUGCCGCCGCCAGCAGCAUGGGCCCCUACGCCUCCACCGUGAACGUGGAGCUUAGCCCUGUGAGCAGUGACGGGGACAGGCCCCUGGGCCUUUCAGCCCCACUCAGGCACGAGGAGCUGGAGGUGGAGCAGGGUCUCCAUGGCCUCCUGGAGUGGUAUCUCAGCACAACGUCCCUCCCGGAAGCCGUGAGGAUAGAGGACGAGGAGGAGGAGGAGGAGGACGGGCAAGGCCACAGAGUGGAAGUUGAUGGGCCAGCUCCAACUCUAGGAAACUCCAAGGCCACCAGGAUCCCCAUAAGGCGGCUCCCAGCCCUGGACAAACGACGUCACGGGGCCCCUGUCACGGAGACGGCGGAGCCGAUGGGGUCCGCGAAGCGGGCAGCCAUCCAUGCAUCCGUGGCCAGGAAUGGGUACCUCCAGGGCUCGGACAAAGCCGAGGCAGCUCCUCCAGGCCCAAGCAGGCCGCCUCACCCUCAGGGCACCAAGACCACGGGAUCGCACCAGAGCAGUCUGACCAGCUUAGAGGGAAGCGGCAUCUCUGAGCACCUUCCACAGAAGUCUCUGCGCCAAGCUGGGGGGCUCCCUCCAGAGGAGCCCUGGAUGGCGUCCCCAGAGACCGACAGUGGCUUUGUGGGCUCAGAAACCAGCAGAGUGUCGCCCUUCACCCAAACACCAGAGCACCGGCUCUCCCACAUCAGCACCGCGGGAACGUUGGCCCAGCCUUUUGCUUCAUCUGAGCCUCGGGAUGCAGCCUCCCACCCCCAGACCAGGGCUCCUCCAGUCCCCAGAAGAGCCAUGGAACCCAGCACACCCAGGAGCCAAGCCCAAAGGCGACCCUCGGGCCGGACCAGUCCUCUCCGGCAGCGGGCACCGAGCCUCCGCGCGGAGCGGGCGCUGGUGGCCGAGAUGGCGGUCCCUGGCUCAGAGUUCGAGGGGCGAAAGCAGGUUUCCGAACAGCUACCCCGCCACGCGACAAUCAGCCCCCCACCCACCCUGACCCCUGCAGCUGCCACUCUGCCCCUCGGACCCACAGAGAGCACCCGCACCUUCCUCCUCACCAGGACAGAGAGAGACCAGGCCAUCCGAGAGCUGCAGGAAGAGGUCUCCCGGCUCCGUCUGCGCCUGGAAGACAGCCUGCACCAGCCAGCCCAGGGCAGCCCGACGCGCCCCGUGUCCACCCUCGGCCGCCCCACCCGGGCCCGGGCCCGGCCCGCGGAUGCCUCCGUUUCCUGGGGCUCCCACUAUGGCAGCAGAUCCACAGAGAGAUUGUCUGCUGAGCCCGCAGUGGGGGAGCGAGCAGAGCCCGCAGGAAGGCGGCGAGCCAGGUCUUCCUCGGUGCCUCGGGAGGUGCCGCAGCUGUCCCUGAGUUCCGAAUCUGAGCCAACCUCCCCUCAGCGGUUCUCUGAAAAGAGCCAGGCCACCGAGGACAGCGCCCAAUCCACUCGGGACAGAGUGAGAGAAGCUGGUGGCACCAGGCGGCCAGACAGGGUCUCCUUCUGGGGCCAGUACACAGCCAGGCGCACUGUCCAUGUGCUGGACGCCAGGCACAGCACCUCACAGACACGGCCCCACUCCCCCCUUAUGACGCCCAUGAGACCGAGACUGGGACGCCCCCAUUUCACAGCCGCUCACAGCACAAGGAGAAGACCCAGCUCACCCCGUGCCCAAGCCAUCUCAACGCCACCUGGCAAGGAGUACCGUGUUCUGACCCCCAAGACGGCCCCAAGACACAGUGGCUCAGUCUCCUGUCCCCAGUGCCGACCCGCCAGGACCCGGGAAUCAGCUGGCAGUGUCACCAGGGACCCACCAGGACUGUCUGCCACCGAUCCCCUGCAGUGCCCCCUGUGUGGUCGAGUCGGGCUACCCCCAGCGACAGAUGGCCCAGACUCAGCCGCCUCAGGGCCAGACAAGGCAGCCAGCAGGAGAAACACACGCCCAGCCUCCAGCCCCGCGCAGCGGAGCAAGCGUGCUGGGUCGCCGGCCCGGCCACCUCCAGGACUCUGGUAUCUGGCGGCUGCGCCCCCAGCACCUGCCCCUGCUGCCUUGGCCUACGUCUCCUCUGUUCCCGUCAUGCCUUUUCCAUCAGCCACUGUGUACUAUGUGCCUCCAGGACCUACCUCCGCCCACUCAGCCCACGCAGCCCCUGCUGACUGGCCCCCCUCGGCCCCCUCCCGAGCAGCCGGGGGCCAGCGACGCUCCAUCCAGCUGGACCUGGAGGACCUGGAGGAGCUCAACACGGCACUCGCAGAAGCCAUGCAGGCCGCUGAGGGCAUCCGCUCCACCACCAAGCACAUGAGCCGCUCCCUGUCCGCUGACCUGCGCCAGACCCGAAGCCUGCGGGGCUCCUGCCUCUUCUGACUUCCCCAGAGACCCAGAACUGGCUGGCGGGGGCAGGCUGGCGGGUGGGCUGCUGCUGCCCCCCGGGCAGGGGGUCUGCUGGAGUCACUGCUGAAGGCCCCACAGGCCCCUUCUGAGAAGUGUCCUAGCUCAGGCCUUGCCUGCUGGGUGUCUCCACUGCACAAGGUGUUGGCCCGGUCGUCUGGAAAGGGAACUUACCGGGGGCCCGGCCCCUGCAGGAAGUGCUGGGACCUCGGCUGCCUUCUGCCCAGAUGCGAUCUUUGGGGUCUCCUGGUCCUGCACCGUCCACCUCUGGCUAAUAAUACGUAUUUCAUAUACAGACGGACAGAUUUGUUUUGAAACGGAGUUUUCCUGGUCUUUGGUUCAACCCACAAGGCCAGAUAAGAAGGGCUCCGGCCUCGGUCUCUGGUGCAAACGAGUCUCUUCGUCCAGGAUCCGCCGCUCUGGAGUCGGCAUCUUGGGGAAGGGAUGUCCGGGCACUUUCCCCCUAGUGACUGGUGGCCAGUAGAGCACUUUGGGACCAUUGAAAUGUCAAGAUGUCAGGCCCCUAGGAGGACGUGCACCCAGCUUCUCCAUGGUCAGAGAGUCCUUUCCCAUGGGCCUGCUGGGAAGAGAGAUCCCCACUCCCCGGGGGACCCGGAAGCCGUCCACCAUGGUCCCUCUCUGUAGCUCCUCCCGACACCCCCGGCUCUGUCUCUGGGAUCCCUGUGGGACCUGGCUGGUGGGCAGCUCCCUGCGGGCCGCGCUGUACAGCCGGGAGGCCAGCCCCUGUCCUGCUCCCCAGCUCGUAGCAGCGUGUACCUCAGCUUUUCUGGAACAUGUAUGCAUCGGUGAUAUUUGUAUAUUUGAUGCGUUUAAAAAUCUAUUUUCGUUAUGAGGGCAAAUGAAGAAGAAU